AUGGCGGCCUGUGGUUUGUUUCCGUUCAACCCAGACAGAGUUCUCACGGUGACACCUCAGCCCCCUGCUCUAUCAACUGUUUCGAGGGCCGAUGAGAUACAGGUAGAUGCGUGUCAUCAAGACGACGUACCACCGCCACCUGUGACGCCAGUGUCAGCAGAAGGUCUGGCGUCGCUACAGAAUCUGAUCAAACGGGAUGCUCAUACAUUGAAUGAGACGAGUAUACAGCGCCUAGAGAGGCAUAUUUCCUUUGCCGAACGUGCCGUCCUCCAUGAUCAAAUUCAGAUGCUGACUAGAAUGAACAACGAAGCUAAGGCUCGCCGAUCAACUAGGUCAGUCGUACUCGGGAAGGCGAAAGUAAUGAGCUUUGAGGACAUCGAGGUGGCGCGAGCAACGCGUGCUACAAAGGAGGUCAUCAAGGGCAAGGUAAAACGCGAUCGGAAGCGUAAAAGUUCUGCAGACGAUCCAGAAGCAACAGAGCCAGCAGAGCCAGAAGCAGAGCUAGAGCCAAAAAUGGCGCGGAUGAUAUAA